AUGGAACCAAGGAGAUGGAGCCUAACAUCAAAAAGUGGCAGAGAAGCUUUUAAACUGACCCCUGAGCCAAAGCUGACAGGAGCUGGGGAGCAUCCAGCUUGGGAUAAGUUGUCUCUGAGAGAUGAUGGUGAAUAUUGCCCAGCUGAUGGAUGUACUGACUGGUCAGUGGAUUACAAGAAGUAUCAAGUCUUAGUGGGAGAACCUGUUCGUAUAAAAUGUGCAUUAUUUUAUGGAUAUAUAAGAGCAAAUUACACCCUAGCACAAAGCGCUGGACUCAGUUUAAUGUGGUACAAAAGCUCUGGACCUGGUGAUUUUGAGGAACCUAUAGCUUUUGAUGGAACUAGAAUGAGCAAAGAGGAAGAUGCCAUUUGGUUUCGCCCAACAGUGACGCAAGAUAGUGGACUUUAUGCAUGUGUCAUAAGAAACUCUACUUACUGUAUGAAAGUAUCAAUUUCGCUGACAGUGGGUGAAAAUGACACUGGCCUCUGCUACAAUUCAAAGAUGAAAUACUUUGAAAAAGCUGAACUUAGCAAAACCAAGGAAAUCUCAUGCCCUGACAUACAGGAUUUUUUAAUACCAUAUAGAGAGCCUGAAAUCCUGUGGUAUAAGGAAUGCCAAGUCACAACCUGGAGACCAACUAUUCUGUUCAAAAAGGACACUCUUGUUAUUCGGGAGGUCAGAGAAGAUGACAUUGGAAAUUACACUUGUGAAUUAAAAUAUGGACUGUUUUCUGUCAGAAGAACUACAGAAUUAACAGUUACAGCACCACUAACAGAAAAACCACCAAAGCUUUUGUACCCUUCAGAGAGUAAACUUACAAUUCAGGAGACGCAGCUGGGCCAUGCUGCUAAUCUAACUUGUCGAGCAUUCUUUGGAUACAGCGGAGAAGUCAGCCCUUUAAUGUAUUGGAUGAAAGGCGAAAAGUUUAUUGAGGAUUUGGAUGAAAGUCGGGUUUGGGAAAGUGAUAUUAGAGUUCUUAAGGAGCAUCUUGGAGAACAGGAAGUUUCCAUCUCAUUAAUUCUUGAUUCAGUGGAAGAAGGAGACCUCGGAAAUUACUCAUGUUAUGUUGAAAAUGGAUAUGGCCGCAGACAUGCUACUGUUAUUCUACUUAAAAGGGAGCUGAUGUAUACAGUUGAGCUUGCUGGCGGGCUUGGUGCUAUUCUGCUGCUACUUGUUUGUUUAGUGACUAUCUACAAGUGCUACAAGAUUGAGAUUAUGCUAUUCUACAGGAAUCAUUUUGGUGCUGAAGAACUAGACGGAGAUAACAAAGAUUAUGAUGCAUACCUGUCAUACACCAAAGUGGAUCCUGACCAGUGGAAUCAGGAAACUGGGGAAGAAGAACGAUUUGCUCUUGAAAUCUUACCAGAUAUGCUUGAAAAGCAUUAUGGGUAUAAAUUGUUCAUUCCUGAUAGAGAUUUGAUUCCAACUGGAACAUACAUAGAAGAUGUGGCAAGGUGUGUAGACCAAAGCAAGCGACUGAUCAUUGUUAUGACUCCAAAUUAUGUGGUGAGAAGAGGCUGGAGUAUCUUCGAACUGGAAACACGACUUCGAAACAUGUUAGUGACAGGCGAAAUUAAAGUGAUACUGAUUGAAUGCAGCGAACUCCGGGGCAUUAUGAACUACCAGGAGGUUGAGGCCCUGAAACAUACCAUCAAGCUCCUAACUGUUAUUAAAUGGCACGGACCAAAAUGCAACAAGUUGAAUUCCAAAUUCUGGAAACGUUUACAGUAUGAAAUGCCUUUUAAGAGGAUAGAACCCAUCACUCAUGAGCAGGUUUUAGAUGUCAGUGAGCAGGGGCCCUUCGGGGAACUGCAGACGGUCUCAGCAAUUUCCAUGGCUGCUGCUACCUCCACUGCUCUUGCCACUGCCCAUCCUGACCUGCGCUCCACGUUUCAUAACACCUAUCAUUCCCAGAUGCGUCAGAAACACUAUUAUCGAAGCUAUGAAUACGACGUACCUCCUACUGGCACCCUGCCUCUUACCUCAAUAGGUAACCAGCAUACCUACUGCAACAUCCCUAUGACACUUAUUAAUGGGCAGAGGCCACAGACAAAAACUAACAGGGAGCAGAAUCCCGACGAGGCUCAUACAAACAGUGCGAUCCUGCCGCUCCUACCGCGGGAAACCAGUAUAUCGAGUGUCAUCUGGUGACAUACAUGCAAGGGGGAAUUCUGCCCCCUUGUGUAGAAGCUAAGUCUGCAGUCUGGUGCCUGGAACUACAUCCUCGACUGCUGCUGUUAAACAUGCAUUACAAUCUACGAAAUAUGAGGAAAAACAGGGUCUUGUACAUAUGUUUUUGCAAAUUUCUUUGUAGCAUCA